ACGCACCCAAAAGCCUGCACGCAGAAACAGCGAAACAGAGGCACAGAGCAGUUUCCAUCCUUUUCUCGUUGGCAGUAGAUCUUUUUGCAGGGGAGGGGAAAACUCCGGCGAUGGACGGCGGGAAGAAGAGCCGGGACUCGUACAAGCAGCCGCAGGAGCGCAGGGAGCGCAAGUCCUGCACCGGGAUGAGCGGCGACGCCAAGAAGGGCGGCCGCGGCGGCAAGUUCACCUGGGAGGGCGCCGACGGCUACACCGACGAGGAUCUCGACCUCAUCGGCACCAAGGACGCGGGGGCCGCCGCCUCCGACAACAAGAAGUCCUAGGCACCGCCUCCUUCGCCCGCGCCCGCCCGCACGUCAACUUCCGGCCGGAUCGAUCAUCUCCUUAGCUUCUCGCGUCAGUUCUUGAAUAAAUUUGCUUGGGCCGUGGGCAUGUAGAUAUGAUCUGUCAGCUACCUUAAGUUGUUAACUUGCUAGUGCUGGAUGAAUCGAUUUAUCCGGAUCUCGCAAUUUGGUUC